AUGACGUCAAACUUCUUUUGUUCUUGCAAUCAUUAUUCUAUUUUACCAUCUCAUUUCUUGUACUUCUUUCUCUUGCUCAUCAUUUGUCUUCUUCUUCUUCUUCUUCUUCUUCUUCUUCUUCUUCUUCUUCUUCUUCGAUACCUUUGUUCCUCUUUUUUUUCUUCUCCCCUUCCUUCUCUUCAUUUAGCGUUAAGGCUACCUUUGUUCUUGUUAUUCCUUCCCCCCUCCUCUUCCUCCUCCUCUUCAUUCCGCAUUAAGGCUACCUUUGUUCUUUUUUUCUUCUCCCCUUCCUUCUCUUCAUUUAGCGUUAAGGCUACCUUUGUUCCUGUUAUUCCUUCCCCCUCCUCUUCCUCCUCCUCUUCAUUCCGCAUUAAGGCUACCUUUUGUUCUUUUUUUUCUUCUCCCCUUCCUUCUUCUUCAUUUAGCGUUAAGGCUACCUUUGUUCCUGUUAUUCCUUCCCCUCCUCUUCCUCCUCCUCUUCAUUCCGCAUUAAGGCUACCUUGCUACCUUUGUUCUUUUUUUCUCUCCCUUCCUUCUCUUCAUUUUAGCGUUAAGGCUACCUUUGUUCUUUUUGUUAUUCCUUCCCCUCCUCUUCCUCCUCCUCCUCUUCAUUCCGCAUUAAGGCUACCUUUGUUCUUUUUUUCUUCUCCCCUUCCUUCUCUUCAUUUAGCGUUAAGGCUUCCUUUGUUCCUCUUCUUCUUCCUCCUCCUCUUCCUCCUCCUUUUCAUUCUGCUACCAUCUAUCUAUCUAUCUAUCUAUCUAUCUAUCUAUCUAUCUAUCUAUCUAGAUAGAUAG